GAAAAAGCCAGUUGUCUUCUCCGGCGCCGAAUCCUCUGUGGAGAUGUUAUGCCGGCAAACUGUGAAUAUUCAAAACCAGAAAUUAAAAAUAAAUCACGGAAAAAAAAAAAAACGAAUUGUUCAUCAAUUAUUUUCAGUACAAAAUUAAAAGGCUUAUAGGCUUCUUGAGCGACGGCAUCUCGAACUAGAGUCAUUCCAACCAGGAGGCGGUCCUCCGAGCAAACGCACGAUGCGCCGCAGUGCAAACUACGAAAACCAGUAAUCUCAAUAGCUCGAUUGAAUUCCCAUUUAUGGGGUGAUAUGAUUCUUAUAGAAACAAUGAUCUUUUCAAUUUUUGGUAAAGCAAAAUAGAUAGAGGCUAAUAAAACAAAAGGCAAAAUUUGUAAGAAGAAUUUAAUCGAACAACUGAUAACCAGCAACAGUAAUACCAAAGUAAUCACCAUAUUUUCUUCUGAUGUGUUUCACUCAAAGUGGCCAUCAGUGCAAGCGUUUACCGGGCGAAAUUAGUCUCCGGAGCCACCACUGAUUCCAAUUUGACUUCUUCAAUGCCCACAUUUGCGAAUCCGUUCUGGAAUGAAAUGAUUGUCAUUGCUAAAAGAUCGAUGACGAACUCAAGAAGAAUGCCUGAACUGUUCGGAAUCCGAUUGGGCGCCGUUGUGGUCACCUUAUUCAUCUUGGCAACGAUAUUCUGGCACCUGGACAAUUCCCCCAAAGGGGUUCGAGAACAAAUUGGCUUCUUCGCCUUCGCCAUGUCCACCAACUUUUACACCUGUGCUGAAGCCAUCCCUGUUUUCCUCCAAGAACGCUACAUCUUCAUGAGAGAAACAGCUUACAAUGCCUACCGCCGAUCAUCCUACGUCCUCGCCCACUCCAUAAUUUCCAUCCCUUCCUUAAUCGUCCUCUCCAUCUCCUUCGCCGCCAUAACUUUCUGGACGGUAGGACUUGCCGAUGGCUUCCAUGGGUUGCUCUUCUUCUUCCUCACCAUCUUCGCCUCCUUCUAGGCCGAAAGCUCCUUCAUCACAUUCCUCUCCGGCGUCGUCUCCCAUGUCAUGCUCGGAUUCACUGUAGUAGUCGCCAUCCUCGCCUACUUCCUCCUUUUCAGCGGCUUCUUCAUCUCCCUCGACUAAAUCCCCUUAUAGGCGAAAAUGUGAGGUGGAAUGAAAAUAGUGCCACUUA